ACUGCAGGUAAUAACACAUGGAGAAUGUUCACUUACAAAGAAUUACAUGCGGCAACUAAUGGAUUUAGUGAGGAUAACAAGCUUGGUAAGGAAGGGUUUGGCAGUGUUUACUGGGGUAGAACAAAUGAUGGUCUUCAGAUAGCUGUGAAGACAUUGAAAGCAAUUAACUCAAAAGCAGAGAUGGAAUUUGCAGUGGAAGUGGAAGUGGAAGUGGAAGUUCUUGGAAGGGUUAGGCAUAAGAAUCUGUUGGGACUUAGGGGGUACUGUGCAGGGACAGAUCAGAGGCUCAUAGUCUACGAUUUCAUGCCAAAUCUGAGCUUGCUGUCUCAUUUGCACGGUCAAUUUGCUGGCGAGGUUCAGUUGGAUUGGAAAAGAAGAAUGAAGAUUGCAAUUGGUUCUGCAGAAGGCAUCCUGUACUUGCACCAUGAGGUAACGCCCCACAUCAUUCAUAGAGACAUCAAGGCAAGCAAUGUUCUCUUGGAUUCCGAUUUUGAGCCACUGGUUGCAGAUUUUGGCUUUGCAAAGCUAAUUCCUGAAGGUGUAACCAACAUGGCAACCCGUGUUAAGAGAACGCUCGGUAAACCAAUAGAAAAGCUCCCCGGAGGUGUGAAGAGGACCAUAACAGAAUGGGCCGAGCCAUUUACUAUCAAAGGGAGGUUCAGGGACCUUGUGGAUCCAAAGCUUCGAGGAAACUUUGAUGAAAAUCAACUAAAGAAAGCCACAAAUGUUGCUGCUCUUUGUGUGCAAAGUGAGCCUGAGAAGCGGCCGAAUAUGAAGGAAGUUGUUAGUGUGCUAAAAGGGUGCGAUCACAGUAAUGGCAAGGAGAUGGAAAUGCGAAUAGUGUUAAGUACAAAGAGGAGUUGAUGGUACUUGACCAAAAAACGGAUGAUGACGGUGUUCCUGAGGAAAGUGGAUUGGGUGUUUUUAGUGCCAUAGAGAUGCAAAAGAAGUAUGAUCCUUAUAAACGAUGUGGAGAUGGGAAAAAGGCAUUGAAUCAUAGGUAACUAACAAAUUUUGUGUUGACUU